AUGUGGCGUCCGACUCGUGGUGGUGCGCGGUGCAUGUACGACUUCAAGCCGCCUAUUCUCAAGGAACAGCGGCCGACGGUCGGCAUCUUUUUGUAUCACUACGUGGAACCGGUCGCGGGUUUGAUGCAGACAGUGAAGAUCUGUCUUUCGCUGCAGUAUGCACCCGAGCUCGUCCACGUGUUUGUGCUGAAUGACGGCAACACUGGGUCUGCGUGGGACGCGAACGACCACUUGAAGGUGACGAUGAACAGCAAUGUGAUUGAGAUAUGUGGUGACUUGCGCGGCAAUCUUGCGCGACUCACGCACGAGCGUGUGGUGGGCCUGAUCAAGACGACCAAAGCUUGA